GAAUCUAAUUUAUUUGUUAUCAUUAACUGGUAUUUGGGUUUGGUUCCGUCCUGUAGACAGUACUCAAGCGAGUACACAUCUUUGUAUAAAUACUACGCCAUCCAAUGACAACGCGGCAGGAUACAUGAUCUAGUGUUUUGGUAAACACCUUCAGUGAUCGGACGGUGGUAUAAAUAAGGCUAGCAUUGAGAGUGGUGUACACACGAUCGUCUAUCAGCGAAGGAGGAAGUAGAUCUACUAUUCAUUGUUUUACUUGUGGAAAAAACACCGGAAGAUAUAAGAAAGUUUCAUUUAACAAACUGGAUAAACAUUUAACUGUCGUAUCAGAAAAUACAUGGUAAAUUGUUCCAUCCGAGGAUUUUAUUGAACUGUGAAAGGAUACGGAGUACAGUAUGGUGACGAGUAGUACGGGCGAUGUCAGGUGUUUACAGUGUACCUUAGUGGGCGAUAUGGCUAUCGGCAAAUCGUCCAUCAUAAAGGCUUAUACUGACCAGACAAACUGUAAACCUCCACCGGAUACAGUAUUCGAAAACUACGCAGGUACAUCAAAAUAUUCAAACCAAGAAUUUACCAUCAGCGUAUUUGACUGUUCUAGUAAGCCGGACCACGCCAGCAUCCGGCUCUUUGCCUACAAAGACACUGACGUAUUUGUUAUGUGCUAUAGUGUUAUGGACAGAGAUUCAUUCGAUCACGUCAAAUCAAAAUGGCUACCGGAAGUGACGAAUGUCAUGGGUAAGCGAGUGAAAUUAGUGUUAGUAGCCACACAGACAGACUUACGGGAAUCAAUUGACCUUGAUCAGGACAUUCCUGUGAGUAAGGCAGAAGGACAUGACUUGGCUGAAGAAAUCGGUGCUUUCAGUUUUAUUGAAUGUUCGUCGUCACACCUAGACUAUGUUCAAAGCAUAUUUGAGGACGUUGUUCAAUGUUCGUUGAAACAGAAGAAGAAAAAACACAGCAUUGUUCAAAGAAUUUUCGGAACAAAAUAGGAAACAUUCCAACACGAACAAAGCUUCCUGGCUGUGAUUGUGAUUUUAAAAAA